UCGAAGCAAGAUGGCGGAUCUUCUGAGGCUUCUUACUACAAUUUUUUUCGUCUAGACCAAGAAUUCCCGAACAAGAUGGAAGACAUAAAUGUCUUUAUUAUGGACCCAACCCAGGUGGAUCUUGAAGUGUAUGAUCUUUGGUUACAGGGGCUUUCUGAAAUAGAGGCAUCUAAUCAUAGAAUUACUGAUGGUUCCCUUGUCAAGUAUGGUGCAACACAUACCAUCAUUACCAGUGACACUAGAGACCACUACAGAUUAUUUAAUAUGCUGGAACAUUUCCUACAAAACCCACUAGUGCUUGGAAAGCAGUUACUGGUACAGAUACCACCAAAUAUCCAGGAAACUCUGAUUGAAAGAUAUUACCAGUUUGACAAAGAGGUGAUUCGUGAGCUACUUGGAAAGAAACUGACAGGACGGCAGCGUAAGGAUUUAGAUGAUGUGAGUGACAAAACUGGCGUCACCCUCAAGAGCUGUAGACGACAGUUUGACAACAUUAAAAAUGUUUUCCGGACUAUUGAGGAAACUGAAGGUGGUGGUCUUGUCGAGACAAUAAAGAAGAAUUUCCUUCUGCCUGAACCAUUAGCCAGGGACUUUGCAAGCAUUGUAUUUUUGGCAACACAUCGUUUUGAGACAUCCAAAAGAAGGCUAUCAUAUUUGACAUUUGACGACAUUGCAUACUGUGCUGAACUGAUGAUUAAUAACUGGACAGUGGGGUCGGAUGUCGAAGGAGGCACAGGGCAGGAUAUGGGUGAGACAGGAGCAGAAUUUGACCGGACAUUCCUCCAAGACCUUCGUGAUCUACGGGUCUUUGUGACAGACAGAGAAAUAGUAGAAGAGCACAAAAAACUUGUGUGCACUGAAGUGCAGAAGAAUGGUUCAAGUGCGUUUGCAAAGUCUGUGGACACAAAUUUCAAAGUAAUAUGCCGUGCACUUCUAAACAUUGGAGCUGGAUUGAUACACAGCAAAGAAAUUAAAGAUCUUUUUAGUGACUUUACUGAAAAGAUCAUAGAGGCAUGUAAGCAGCUUGAGUGGAGUACUGAUGCCGUUCACAUGUUUUUCACAUCUCUUGUCAGUACAUGUAGUCAAGUCGAGUCACUUAGCAGGAGUAAUCUGGAGCGACUAGUUCCCAUCUACACAAGAUUUAUAACUGUUUGUCAUCAAUGUAUCACCCGAAUGUACCAAUCAUCAUGAAGAAACACGAUCAACAAUGCAUUGGUGAAGGUUCCAACCCUAGUGAGAAAAUCAGAAAAAUAUAAAAAAUACAUAUUUGUAAAUAAGAUAUUGAUUUAGGUGCAAUGCAGAUGUUAGGUAAUAAGCACAUUCAUUUUUCUUGCCUGAAAGCCUCUAAUUUUUUUUUAGAAUAAUCUAUUAUGAGCCUGUACAGGUUUACACCUAUUUCAAUUUACCUGCAGAGGUUCAUGGGUAACAUGGGUAUCCUGGUCUGUGAAUGCUGUGCAAACGUUGUACAUAAACACAAAUGCUAAAGCUUUAAAAACCUGUGUUGGUUUUUAUUUCGCUUAUUUUAUCAACCUACUACUCUACCCCUACAUCUCACCAAUCUACCCCUAUAUCCCACCAAUCUACCCCUAUAUCCCACUACUCCACCUUUUCAUCCUGCUACUCUACCCCAUCAUCCCACCACUCUACCCCUACAUCCCACUACUCUACCCCAUCAUCCCACCACUCUACCCCUACAUCCCACUACUCUACCACUACAUCCCACCAAUCUACCCCUAUAUAGUUUAGUUUAUUGGCUUUGUCACACACACAAAAAAAAUACUACGGUUUACAAUAGGAAAUAAACAAAAUAAAGAAAAUAAGAAACAAUGUGACGGGAGAAGAAAACAGGGCGUAAGCCCCAAUUGAAAUUCUUUCCCAACAAAUUACAAACAAUAAGAAUUCUAAAACGAAAAUAAAAAUUGAAUUACAUAAA